ACUGACUUAUUCUGGGUUUUUUUUUUAAAUCCUUAACGGUCGAGUAUUCCAUGGAACAGCCGUUGCCAGCACAACGUUCCAUUUCAGGCACGCGCGCCUGGCCACCCGGGUCCUGCGCGGUAAAGACCGAGGAACGAAGAUGGCGGUGCCCACAAGCAGUCAGGUGUUGUCUUUAUACAGGCGGAUGCUGAAAGAAAGCAAGAAGUUUACCACUUACAAUUAUAGGACCUUUGCACUUCGGAGAGUUAAGGAUGCUUUUCGAGAAAACAAAAAUGUGACAAAUCCUGAAGUUAUCCAGCAACUAAUAGAAACGGCUAAUGCCAAUUUAGAGAUUAUUCGCCGACAGGUACUCAUUGGCCAUUUGUAUACCACGCAAAAGCUCAUCAUUGAAAAUCAGUGAAACUGGCAUUUGGAAAAAUAAUUUUAUCUAUCACCAUCUACUCAACUAUCUGGAAUUCAUGGUAUCUCAACCAUCAAAGAACUAAAGCUUCUUUCUCCUACAUAUGUGACAGAUUAAAAGAUUUUCAUGACAAUGGUGUGGCAUCACUGUAAUAUGCUCAUUUAAUUGCACUGCUAAUUUAGUUAUACAGUGAUCCCCCAUUAUUUUAUGAUGUUAGGGAAAUAGUACAGGUCAACAGUCUAUUAACUGUAUACAGUGUCAUAAAAUUCUAAGGUUUUUUUUGUCAGUACUGCAUCUAACAAACAGUGACAAGAUGAUGUGCUAAUGGUUAAAAAUUAAAGCUGAUUUUCUGUAUAACCAAAAAUAAACUGAAGAAAAACUCACUUACAAAAUAAAGUUGAAGUGUAUGCUCCUGGCUAAUGUUUUGCACUAGAAUAAUCUCUACAAAUAUUUACAUUGAUAGUGUCCUAACUCUGAAAUGGCCCAAUUUAUUUAUAACCUGCUGUUCAUACUAUUGAUGAGGUUGUUCUGUGCCAAAACACCCUAAUAAGUUUUAAAUAAAUGACCUUUCUUCAUUGUAAAUACUGCAUUUAUUUGUAAUUUAGCAGUAUUAGAAUGCAUAUACAGUAAAUCAAGUGACCUAAACUUUGUGCUUAUACACUUGGUUAGAUCAAACCAC